GAGACAGUCAGACAUUGUGAACGCUAACGAGACAAGCCCACAAGUAAGAGCAUCGUCAUAACAGAGAACGAGGAAGGGCUUUGAGAGCUCAGUUAAAUGCUUGCCAACUCCUUGACGUGAAGCUAGGAACGAGUGUGGGCGCGUACAAACAAAAUAUCUGUGAUAGUUACCAUAUUUACAAGUGGUGACAUGAGUGCUUAUUUGCCUGGACAAGUGAAAAUUAGAGCCUAAUUAGAACGAAUCAUAUUCUACUGUGUCGUUGUUGAAAGCGUGUGCGCCGGCUGAAAAAGAUACGAAAUAGUUUUCAAUCUACUUUGAACUUGCCGAUGCUGUACACAGGUGCAGUUGACGGGCCACGAUUUCUGUCACCUUGUGCGUAUAGUUCAAUAAGUGGCACAGCUGUGAGCGGAACAUAACUUCAAUUGGAUGUACAUGCCAUUGUGUAAAACACGGAUUUCUCAACGUCCACCGCAUCAAUGGUUAUCAACGAGGACCACCCUCUAACUCUGAGCAACCCGUUACGGGUUCCACCGGCCGCCGACGGCGGUGGGAUAGAAACUCCCCCGCAUCUACUCCCCCAUUCGCAACUAUUCGGGCAACAUCCCUUACUUCACCCAAACCCAAUGUUCAAUCCACUUGCAUUGGUCAGUGGCCAUUAUCCAGUUGGAGCAAAGUCUCCGGAGUGUAUCGAUCAGAACAUGUCAUCAUCACCUGCUCGUUACCCCUCAUCGCCGACGCAAUCUCCCGCCCUUCCAGCGUUUCCGCCACAUGCAGGGUUUUCCCCUGCUGAGGACAAAGCCCCCUUCGGCCGAGAUUUCUCUCCUCCCCCUGGCGAUGGUUCACAAGGCCAGCUAGGAAACCAAAGUGUUAGUCAAAUAAGUAGUUACCAGGGAGGUGACCGCUACUCGCCACCUCCUGAAAGUACUGGCCCUUGUCCGACGUACGGCGAUCAGAAGCCUCCCUACUCGUACAUAUCGCUUACGUUUAUGGCUAUACAGUCAUCAAAGGAAAAGAUGCUUACACUUAACGAAAUCUAUAAAUUCAUAAUGGAUCGGUUUCCUUAUUAUCGCAAAAACACGCAGAGGUGGCAGAACUCGCUUCGCCACAAUCUGUCCUUCAACGAUUGCUUUAUCAAGAUACCGCGUCGUCCCGAUCGACCUGGAAAAGGCUCCUAUUGGGCACUGCAUCCAUCGUGUGGUGAUAUGUUCGAAAACGGUAGCUUCCUGAGACGCCGGAAGAGGUUUAAGCUGAACCGUCAUGUCAAAGACGCCACAGCAAUGGCAAUCGCCGAACUUAAGCAUUACGAGAAUAUGUGUAACCAACAACAACAGCAGCAGCAGCAGCAUCAGCAGCAACAGAACGCGUUACAGGAGCAGACAAAAUUUCGAUUAAAUGCUCUUGCGGUAGCGAAAACACAUCUCGUCCCACAUUCCAAUGGUCCCCGGCCAUCGGUGUCUCCUCCCUCCGCGGCCCAAACCCUUCUCCAAGCGCACACCUCGCCAUCGGCACCACUGCAAAGAUCUCAAAACAAACAAUCGUUUUCUAUCGACAACAUCAUUGGCGGAGGCGGUGGAGGUGGCAGUGAUCGCUCUGCUGCCAGUUCACCCCCCACGCCAGUUGCUCAAGCAUCGGCGCCGCCUGUCUUACAACAGUUUCCUCAAGGUUACCCCCAGUUGGCAGGCGUAGCACCCCAGUACCAUGCCCAGCUGGCGCAGUUACAGGAGUUCAACUCUUUGCUAGCCCGCUUGCCUGCAUUCCCGGGCGCUCCCCUGGGGGCAUUCAACCCCGCUCUGGCACAGCAGGCGCUCGUUAUGAGUCAAUUGGCCGCUGCUGCUAACGCCGACUUUCUGCGCAAGUACGCCGAGGCAGCAGCUGUGGCCGCGCAGGCAAGCCUGGCAGCCGAGGAUCUCUCGCGCCCGGCCAGUCCGAGCGCCAGCAAAGCCAGCGACCGUGAGGAUGAAGGCCAUGAGGACAAUAAUGACGAUGAUCUCGAUGUCGUAUCUUCCGAGGACCACUCGAAGAACUGCUGAAAAUAGAUGGAUACGGAAUAUUUAGUCAAGCUGAGCAAGACUCAUUAACUGAAUUACCCCAGCUGCUCGAUAUUGCAAGUUUCAUGCACGUGUCAAUGAUGUCUCUACCUAUUGGCUGACUGAAUCGCCGGCAACAGCAAUGGCCUUCCAAGACAGACUAUUACUUGCGAGCGAGUAGUAGGCACUAUCUUAAGGAGGUUGGUAGGCCAUGUUGACAAAAAAUACUCAGCAUGCGAUGUGAUACAGCCGAGAUGAGCCGCGAAGCGCGGCGUUUGCUUUGUACAUAGAUUUGUAUAGCGCCAUUAGUCAUAAAAAAUAGGAAGACAACGAAAAGACCUACAGACGACACAAACAGCAUCCUAUAGCAAGUGCGUGCAGUUUCUAGAACGUAAAACAGAAUACAAAAACUAGUUUACGCUAACUGUAUGACCGAACGGGCGGGAGAAUAGGAAAUGGGGAGAUGGUAGGCUACGAGUAUGCGAGCUGGUAGAAUGAUUUGUGUUACAGUUUGAUUGUGUAUUUAUUACAACGAAAAUUCUGAUGGUGAUGAUAAAGGUAACGAGGGAGGAAAGAAUUCCUAAGUUUUUCUACACUGAGUAUUUAUCUUUCGAUUCAUUUGCGUGCUAAUAUCACUCGGGCUCAGUCUCAGAAAUAGUAAUCCUCGUGUAUAUACAAACGAAUAGACGGCCGAAACAUGUAAAGGUACCCUGAUCAAGGCAUGAUCAUGUAGAGGGCGUAAAGGAAAACUGUAAAUUAUAAACCAGAGAUUUGAAGUCGCCGAACUGGACGGCAUGUAGACAAAAUGAAUAGAUGCCCGAGCCCGCACAAAAGGGAAAGUGCAUCAUACAACGUUCCUUAAUAAAUGUCGAGUCUAAAC